AACGAACAAACGAUAAGAAUAAAAAUCUCUCAGAUAAAAAUAUUAAAAAAAGAAAGAAAAAAAAAGAAAGGUGUCGAAAGACUGGGAUUUGAUGACACGUCCAGGCGAUGCAAAGAAAACGAACGAGAGAGGCCAGUCAUCUACACCAACUUCCUGUUGCGCUGUCUCGUCGAUUCCAUCGCUGUUUGCGCGAGAGACUCUCCCGCUAUCACUUCGAUCACUGUCGAUGGGAUCCCAUUGACGUUGAAGUAUCUCAACAUCCUGUGUUCCGGUUUGAAGAGCAACGAGAAGCUGAUAAAUUUGUCUCUGACGAGGUGUUACAUAGGAGACGUCGGUUGCGAUUUGCUGUUGGAGAGCUUGAGGAACAAUCCGAAGCUGUGCGUCUUAAAUUUGUCGUCGUGUCGGCUGUCGGAGAGAAGCGCGACGAGCCUGUCGCUGUUUUUGAAGAGGAGGAAGGCCGACCUGUUGCAGAACGUUUGGGAACAGUCCUCUGUACAGUCUCGCGAUGAAAAUUCCGAUAAGAAGGUCCAGGGUUUGCAAACGCUGAUCCUAAACCAGAAUCCAAAACUUGGGGACGCUGGUUUGAAGCAAUUGAUCUACGCGUUAAAGAGCGACGUCUGGCUGAGAUCCUUGAGUUUGAGACACUGUGGCAUCAGUAAACACGGAGCAGAAAUGAUGAUUCGACUCUUACAAUCAAAUAUUAGAAUCACGAGGCUAGAUCUCACUGAGAAUCGCAUACCUAUUAACACUCUGCAAAUGAUAUUGAGGACACUGAACAGAAGGCGAGAAAUAGUCGAAAGUAUGACGUUGAAGAAGAGAUUCUGCACGGAUUCUCGACGAAACGUGCUGAAUAAGAAUGGAACUCACGGAUUUCUACAAAAGCAUCGGAAAAAUUUACAAAAUAAAACAGACAUACUCAAGAAAUAUUCGGCACAGAGACAUCGUUGGAGGAAGAUCCAAAGAUUCAACAGGAGAGUGAGACAAUCAAAGGAGAUAAAAGUUUUCAAAGACGAUCAAAGCCGAAGGAAGAAACUCGGAAAUCUGGAAUCGCAAUUGUUAAGUCUAGUCGAGUCGAAUUUCAAACUGAAGGACCAACUUUCGAGCAACAAAGCGCUGUUGGACUCGGAAACACGGCAAAGAUCGAGAAUGGAGGACGAGUUACAAAAAGUGUCGCUUCGAUUAAACGAUCUAAAGAGCAAGGUUGUCAUGUUAGAUUGCGUUUCCUCGACAGCCUGCAACGAGAAUCACUUGCUAAAGGGUUUGAAGUACAUUUUCGAGAAAUUGGAGUCGUUCUCGAUCGCGGCACAGAAGGACGAGGAAGCUGUUUUAAGUGCGGAGCCAUUGUGGUCGUCGCCGUUGGCGCAUCCAACGGAGGAUAAUUUCGUAAAUUGCUUUAGAACGAAGCAACGUAGCCUUAUUCUUCGUUGAAAACAUCACCACGUGAAUUUCAUCCGAUUCAUUUUCUCAAUAUGUAUGUAAAUAACAUGCACUCUAUUUGUACGAAAUGUACUUUUAACGAUAGGAGCAUAUAUUUAUAUGAUUUUAAACUGUAUUUUGAUUCUGUGAUUAUUAGAAUAAAUAUUUGGCAAAGAAAAUGUCAAUUCGUUGGAUGACGAAAACAUUCUUUAUCGAUGUCGACCUGAUACUUGCGUCAAAUCUUAGGAUACUUCUUUCCCGAAAUAAAUGACUAAUUAAGACACAAGUCUAUAUAGUUGGCCAUCUUUGUACUUUCUUCCUCUCUACGAUAAACUAAAAUAUAAAAGAUCUUGCAACCGCGGAGUAGAAUUUUGGUACAAAUAACCAUUGAAUAAAUUUGAUUCUCAAGUUA